AUGGCGAAGCUCUGGACUGAGACAUCUUUCAUGAUUCUAGCACUGCUAGGAAACUUAGCUGGGACAGAGGUAGAAGCUCAACUACAGGUCCAGCCGCCACCACCACAUGAUCCUCAAUACCCUCAAAAGCCACAGGUCCAGCCUCCACCACCACAGGAUCCUCAAUAUCCCCAAAAGCCACAGGUCCAGCCUCCACCACCACAGGAUCCUCAAUACCCUCAAAAGCCACAGGUCCAGCCUCCACCACCACAUGAUCCUCAAUACCCUCAAAAGCCACAGGUCCAGCCUCCACCACCACAGGAUCCUCAAUACCCUCAAAAGCCACAGGUCCAGCUUCCACCACCACAGGAUCCUCAAUACCCUCAAAAGCCACAGGUCCAGCCUCCACCAACACAGGAUCCUCAAUACCCUCAAAAGCCACAGGUCCAACCUCCACCACCACAUGAUCCUCAAUACCCUCAAAAGCCACAGGUCCAGCCUCCACCACCACAGGAUCCUCAACACCCUCAAACGCCACAGUUCCAAGUGUCUCAACAUCCUCAGGCUCCUCAAUACCCUCAAAAGCCACAGCCCAGCACACAAAUGCAGAAUUUUGAGACUUGUGAGGUUGCAGAGAGCCAGAAAGUGCCCUGUGGAAAUCCUUAUAUCUCUGCUGCUGCAUGUGAAGUCAUCAGCUGCUGCUUUGAUGGUCGACAGUGCCAUUUUGGAAAAGCAGUGACUGUCCAGUGUACCAAGGAUGCCCAGUUCAUUGUGGUAGUGGCGAGAGAUGCCACUCUGCCCAAUAUCGAUCUUGAGUCAAUUUCACUGAUGGGAGAAGGUCGAGACUGUACACAUGUUGCCUCUAACUCUGGCUUUGCCAUCUACCAAUUUCCUGUCACUGCCUGUGGCUCUUUUGUUAUGGAGGAGCCUGGGGUCAUAAUCUAUGAGAACAGGAUGUCUUCCUCAUAUGAAGUUGGAGUUGGGCCUCUGGGGGCCAUUACCAGAGACAGCAGCUAUGAGUUGCUCUUCCAGUGUAGGUACACUGCCACUUCUGUGGAAACUCUGGUUGUUCAAGUAUUACCAUUAGAUAAUCCUCCUCUAUCAGUUGCGGCUUUUGGACCUAUCAGAGUACACCUGAGGUUGGCAAAUGGACAAUGCAACUCAAAGGGUUGUAAUGAAGCGGAUGUGGCCUACAGCUCUUACUAUACAGAGGCAGACUAUCCUGUGACUACAGUACUGAGGAACCCUGUGUACGUGGAGGUUCAACUUCUUGAAAAAACGGAUCCUAACCUUAUCCUGACUCUUGGACGCUGUUGGACAACCACAAGCCCCAACCCCCACAGUCUGCCCCAAUGGGACAUUCUGAUAGAUGGUUGUCCAAACAGGGAUGAUUGCUACUUGUCAUCACUGGUUCCAGUUGGUCCCUCCUCAGGUGUGGAUUUCCCAAGUCACUACAGGCGUUUCAUUUUCAAAAUGUUUACCUUCAUGAACAAAGAGUCAAUGGAACAACUGAGGGAACAGGUGUUCCUUCACUGCAGUACAGCGGUUUGCUCUGCCACAUCGGGACACUCCUGCGAACCGUCAUGCUACAGGAAAAAGAGAGAUGUCGAGGCUGUGGAGCAGAAGACAGAUGAGCCAAAGGUUGUGGUCUCUGUUGGACCUGUGAUCAUUGCCCGAUAA